CCCCGGAAGUCCCGCCCCCUCCUCCGGCUCCGCUUCAUGUGACCUCCGGUGUCUCCGCCCUCCUGCUUCCUCUUUGUUCCGUGGCGGUGAGCGAGACACCAUGAAGGCGUCCGGCACACUUAGGGAGUAUAAAGUCAUUGGGCGUCUGCUGCCCUCGGCCAAGAACCCGGCCCCCCCUCUCUACCGCAUGAGGAUCUUCGCCCCCAACCAUGUGGUGGCCAAGUCCCGGUUCUGGUACUUCGUCUCCCAGCUGAGGAAGAUGAAGAAGGCCUCCGGAGAGACCGUCUACUGUGGACUGGUCCAUGAGAAAACCCCUCUGAAGGUGAAGAACUUUGGUAUCUGGCUGCGUUACGACUCUCGCAGUGGAACCCACAACAUGUACAGAGAGUACCGGGACCUGACCACGUCUGGAGCUGUCACUCAGUGCUACCGUGAUAUGGGAGCUCGCCACCGUGCUCGCGCCCACUCCAUCCAGAUCAUGAAGGUUCAGGUGAUCGCUGCCAACAAGUGUCGCAGACCUGCCAUCAAGCAGUUCCACGACUCCAAGAUCAAGUUCCCGCUGCCCCACAGGGUCCUGCGCCGCCAGCACAAGCCCCGCUUCACCACCAAGAGACCCAACACCUUCUACUAAACCUUCUCAUUCUGUUCUGGGAAAGAUACAAAUAAAUCUCACAGAGGGGAACAAA